CUGAUUGGCUGCGGGAAGCUCCUGCUUGAGUCAGAGCAAGCCUGGAAGUGCAUAGAGAGUAACACUGAGGAGUAUUGACCUACUAACACAGAUCCCCACACACAUACACACACACAGCGGCGGCAGCGGGCUGGAGCGGGACAGUGCUGGCUCUGACACACUGCAUAGGAGGCGCUGCUCAUCCCCAGUGCGACCUCAUCCCUCUGCCUCCUGUGUGUUAUCGUUGCACCACUAUAUCAUCACCUGCACUCUGUGGCUAGUGGAAUGUCCUCAGGGAUACCUUCUGGUGUAAUGCUGACCCGCUAAGAUGACAAGGGAUACACAAGAAACAAUCUGGGGAUGGUCACACACUCACUUCUCCAAAGUCUAGCAAGGAGUAUUAACAGCAGAUGGAAAUUCAUAUAUCUAAUGUAUUAAUGUUUACAUGGUUUAAAGGACAACAUAAAAUAGUUCUCCUCAGCAACUGUGAACUGUAUCUAAUUCCAGUUGCUAAUGCAGCUGCGGAAAAUGCCUACCAUUAAAAAAGAGCAGGAAUGUGCUGAUACAAGAAACGGUAUGGAGAACUUACUUGUGCUUAAUUCCAAUAUGCCCGACAUGUCUGAAUCAAUGGACUCUAGCAAUGAUAUGUUGUACAAUGAGGGGAUGGUCGGGAAAAACAAGUCCUCAUCAUGUCGCAGGAAAAGGGAAUUUAUUCCAGAUGAAAAGAAAGAUGCUAUGUACUGGGAAAAACGCAGGAAAAACAAUGAGGCUGCAAAGAGGUCGCGAGAAAAGCGCAGGUUAAAUGACAUGGUUCUGGAAAAUAAACUAAUUGCACUGGGAGAGGAAAACGCAAACCUGAAAACAGAGCUGCUGUCCUUAAAACUUAAAUUUGGUUUGAUAAGUUCUACAUCAUACGCUCAAGAAAUACAAAAGGUUACUACUGCUACCGCUGUGUAUUUUCAGGAAUAUGGAAAUGCCACUUCCAGUGUAAGGUCUUACUCAGAAGAACAUGAACAUCCUCUCAUAAGCAGUAGCUGUAUUUCUGUAAUCAAGCACUCCCCACAGAGCUCUCUUUCAGAUGUAUCUGAGGUAUCGUCUGGAGAACAUGUCCAACCAAACCCCAUCCAAAACAACUGUAGAACUUCUGAAAGUAAUUUUCAAAGGAUAAAGCAGGAACCUAUGGAAAUAGAGAACUUUUCUCGGGAACCUAGAGAAGAUAAUCCCUCCUACGCAACAUCGAUUUAUCGGAACUUUAUUGGCAGUACGUUUCCUGCAUACUCACAUUCUCCUCCUCUGCUGCAGAUUAACAGUUCCUCCAGCAACUCCCCGAGAACAUCAGAGGCUGAUGAGGGAGUGGUUGGAAAGACUUCUGAUGUGGAGGAUGAGCAGCAGGUUCCUAAAGGUCCAAUCCACUCCCCUGUUGAGCUGAAAAAUGGUCAUACAACAGUCAUAAAGGUCCCAGAAGUGAAUUCCUCUGCACUGCCCCACAAACUGCGAAUAAAGACAAAAGCUAUGCAGGUCAAAAUGGAAACACUGGAAAAUGUGUUUGAUGCCACACAAAAACUGCCUUUGCCAAUUGACAUGUCCUCCAAAAGGCACUUUUCUCCUGAACAACAUAGUAGUGAAACCAUGGUACAUUCAUCUUUGUCACCUUUGUCAGUUCAAGUGACUAAUAUCACAGACUGGCCUAUAAAAUCAGGACAGUGGCACCAUAAGGAACUUGAAAGACUCCCAAAUAUUUGCAAAACUGCUGGAAUUGUUGGAAUGACAGACAAUGUCUAUAAAGCUCCUGAGCCGGAGAGCUUGUAUUUAAAGCGAGGUAUAGCAAAUUUAUCUGCUGAGGUUGCCUCACUUAAAAGACUUAUAGUUACCCAAGAAAUAUGUACUUCAGAUUCCAGCUAAAUUACUACUGAAAUGAAAGCAGAUGCUUAAUGUAAAGGGUGUUGUUUGCAGUAAAUUGAUAUGUUUUGUAAAAUGCUCAUUUUCACUGGACUUGUGACGUCAUUUUACUGUUCUGUCAUGUAAUGAUGUCCUACUAAAUAUUGUCUUUUUUGUGCACAAUUAUUCUGAAAACUAGAUUGUGUUAUGAUCACUCUGCCUUGUGUACAGUUACGUAGCAAUUGCAAGGUUGUAAAUAUUUUAAACAUUAUUUUUGCUGGUCUGUUAUAAAUUGUGCAAGUUACUAGUUAUAAUAAAGUAUUGGUGACAAAUAAGGGACCUUGGUCUUUUUCAAGUGCAACAGACAGGGUAUGUGUGUUUACAGAUGUACCAGUGUGAAUAUCCUCAAUGUAUAAAUCGCCUUUAUGUAGUUUUGUGUCAUGUAUAUGUGACAAAUAAGUCAAUAUUGAAUGGUGUUACAGUUAAAUAUUACUAGCUGAUGACUUGGUCAUAAAAGGUAGAAUUGUUUUGUAUAUUGUAUUCUUUGAUAAAGUUUCCGAGGAUGUGGAUUGAAAGAUAGACAGUACAUAGAUAGUCAAUAAAUUGACACCAAUGGUCAACCUGGUCAAAAGGUCAACAGUUAAAUUGUAGACAUGAUCGACAGGUUCAAAAUGAUGAUAUGCAAAUGUUCGACACAUGUUUUUUUUUCUUAUUUUAACCCUAGCCCUGCCCCAUGUGCCUAAAGUUGGGUGCACAUGGUACGAUGUGUACCCACCGAUGUGACGGUCUGGCGGCCAUACACAUGGAGCAAUCCGGUGCACGACUAAUUGCUAUGCCGCCCCCCAUGGAUCAUCCCAUGCAGCACCCCAUGCAGCACUAUGUGGGGAUGCGUCAUCGGGAACGCCCACAUUGUUUGACAAAUUGUUCCAGGUGUACCCAUCUUUACUCUAACCAUCCUCUCUAGCAGCCUAAUACUAACCCGCCCCCAGUUGCGUAACCCUAACAACCUUUUUUUUUUUUGUCAACGUGUGUGUCAACUUUUUGAUCCUGUUGACCUAAGUCCAUGGCAACCAUUUAACUGUUGACCUUUUAACACUGCAAACCUAUUGUCUGUCAACCAUCUAGUAUCAACGAUGGAUUGUUUAUCUAGGUAAUGUUUACCUACCAUCCUGAAUAGGUUGUCUGAAUAAAGUGAAGGGUCUGAAUGCUCAUAUUUUGGAAGGCAUCCUGAAUGAUUAUCAGAUUUAUAUGUUUCUGUUCAAAACCUCAAGACAACACUAUUAACCUUAGAAGUGAAGAGAUGAAUCAAAUGUUGCUAAUAAUGGUAUCAAAAGGAACAUGGCUCCAUGUAUAUGAAAAAGCACAGAAACUUGUACUGAUGGCUCAUCAGUUUUGGAGUGUAAUAAAUAGAAAUCUCCUUUACAGCUAAA